AAGGAUGGCUGAUUCACUUGAUAUUGGUGUCCCAUGGAUUAUGUGUCAACAGGAUGAUGCUCCCCAGCCUAUGAUAAAUACGUGCAAUGGCUGGUAUUGUGAUCAUUUUACACCCAACAAUCCCAACAGCCCAAAGAUGUGGACUGAAAACUGGACCGGAUGGUUCAAGAGUUGGGGUGGUUCUGACCCCAUGAGAACAGCGGAGGAUCUUGCUUAUGCUGUUGCAAGGUUUUUUCAGCUUGGCGGCACUUUCCAAAACUACUAUAUGUAUCAUGGUGGCACUAAUUUUGGUAGAACUGCCGGCGGUCCAUAUAUUACAACCUCAUAUGACUAUAAUGCACCUCUCGAUGAAUAUGGCAACUUGAAUCAACCCAAAUAUGGGCACUUGAAGGAGCUCCAUGCCAUUCUCCAUUCAAUGGAGAAGCUUCUUACCCAUGGCGAUGUUUCAAACCAAGACCUGGGGAAUUCCAUUUCGGUGACAACAUACAAGACAAGUGAUGGAUCUGGUUGUUUCUUGAGCAAUACAAAUACAACAGCGGAUGCUAUGGUCAAUUUUCAAGGAGCAUGGUAUGAUGUUCCUGCAUGGUCUGUUAGUGUACUUCCCGACUGUAAGAAUGAAGCAUACAACACUGCCAAGGUAAACACUGAAACAUGGGUGAUGGAGAUGAAAGCGAAUGACGCAGAACAUGAACCAGCAGAUUUGAAGUGGGUGUGGAGGCCUGAGAUUAUCGAUGAUACUGUUAUCAGAGGGGAUGGUCAGAGAACUGCUUCUAAAUUAAUGGAUCAGAAAGUGGCUAAUGAUGUUAGCGACUACCUGUGGUACAUGACCAGUGUGAAUCUUGAUGAAAAUGAUCCAAUUUGGAGUGAGGAUAUGAGGCUGAGAGUGAAUUGUACUGGCCAAGUUCUUCAUGCAUUCGUGAAUGGUGAAUAUGUUGGCAAACAAUAUGCUAAAUAUGGAAUUUACAAUUAUGUUUUCGAGAAGAAGAUUCAAUUGAAACCUGGCCCUAACCAGAUAACCCUACUUAGCGCCACUAUUGGGUUUCAGCAUUACGGAUCGAAAUUCGAUGUGGUUGCAAAUGGUGUGAGUGGUCCAGUAGAGAUCGUGGGAAAGAAAAAUGAUAUAAGGGUGAUUAAAGAUGUGUCAUCCCAGAAGUGGUCUUACAAAGCCGGCAUAAACAGCAUUGAUCGCAACAAUAAGCUUCUUAAAGUCGAUUCUUCCAAGUGGAAAGCUCAAGAACUUCCGACACAACGAAAAAUGACAUGGUACAAGACGACAUUCAAGGCACCAAUAGGAAGAGAUCCGGUGGCAUUGGAUCUGGAAGGACUGGGUAAAGGACUUGCAUGGGUGAAUGGGAUGAGCAUCGGGAGAUAUUGGCCAAGUAACAUUGCAGAAGACAAGAAUUGUACGAAUAAGGCUUGCGAUUAUCGUGGUAAAUAUGACAACUAUAAAUGUGUUAGGUAUUGUGGGAAAGCAAGUCAGAGGUGGUAUCAUGUUCCACGAUCAUUCUUGGUGGAGGGAGAGAUGAAUGAGUUGGUUUUGUUCGAAGAGUUUGGAGGCAACCCAUCUUUGGUGAAGGUGCAGACAGUGAGGGUUGGAAGGACAUGCGGGAAUGCUUACGAGAACAAGACGAUGGAGAUACGGUGCCAAGGUGGGAGCAUCAGGGAUGUCAUAUUUGCUUCAUUUGGAGACGUUCAAGGGAGGUGUGGCUCCUUUGCAAAGGGAGCUUGUCAAGAGAAAAAUGAUGCGCUUCACAUAAUAAAAAAGGUAUACAUGUACAUAUCCAUCAUUGUUCAAAUAUUAAUUUGCUAA